AUGGCCGUUCCCUGGAAUAUUCGAGGGUCAGCAUCCCAGCUUUUCUUCCAAGACAAAACAUCACCCCAGUACAAAGCCUUGCUUGCCAUCGCAGACGUGCCUCAUCCAGAUCGGUCUAUACUAGGCUCUUUCAUCAACGAUGCGCUUGAUCCGCAAGAAGCAGCGCGAUACUUUCUUCGCAUGACAUCUAUGGAAAACGGCUCCAAAGCACCUCCAGAGAGAUCAAUAUCGGAGUUUCUAUCCAACUGGAAAAUCCUUAUCGACAAAUUUCGUCCGACAUUAGUAACCUCGCUGUCUAGCGAGACGAAAAAGCUCCUCUAUGAAAGGGAUGGAGGUCGGUGUUGUCUUACGCGUACCCCGUUCAAGUCGGACUUGGAUUACAACAUAAAUUAUGCUCACAUGAUUUCGCCUCAUGUGUUUGCAGGUCCAGAUUUAUCAGAAGGAGCUGCUCUAUCUGAAAUGUUGGGCGCCUUUUUAUCUAGAGAACGAUUGGAGAUUGCCUUUAAUGCCGUGAAGGAAGGGGAGGUGUUUUUAAUCGUCGAAAGCCGGGCAAACCAUCCCGAUACGACUCAAAAGCAGACUUACUACAUCAAUGCCAACUGGUUUAAACCCCAACAUUGCGGUCGCCUUUCUUUGCCAACGGACAAAAUACACCUUGAGAAUAGGUCUCCUCAGCUAACCCCAAUUCUAAACGAAGAGCUCAUUGGUAUUCACACACGUUUUUCAACGUCCUUAGCGUGGAUGGAAGCACAGAAGUAUAUGAACAUGUCACUCGAUGAUGCUAGUAGAAGAGAACCAAUUCUUCCUUCGUUGGCGCCGCCAUUUUUCCCACUUUUGCGAAAGCUCUGGAUAGCAUUACCGUCUUUUGUUCGAGCAUCCGUUUACGAUGGAUUACUCUGGAUUGGUUCUCGUAUUUAUGGUCCCUCCCUUUCGAUGACCGUCUUUAAACUACCAUUUGGCUUGUAUUUGCGAAGAGGAUCCCCAGUCUUGGCACCAAAAUACCACGUUGAAGCUCGCACCCUCCGCAUGGUAGAACAAUCGACUCAUAUUCCUGCACCACGAGCAAUGGACGUCUUAGAAACUCCUCGUUUUUCAUACUUGCUCAUGACCUGCGUUCCUGGACACCCGAUCGGUCAAAUGCUGCAUACCAUGACUGAUGAGCAAGUGAAGCAAGCCGUGACUGACUUGAAACGAUAUAUUUCUGAACUGCGGAAAAUACCGAACACGAUGACAGAAUUUCAAAUCUGCAAUUCGCAAGGUGGCGGCAUCUUGGACUGGCGAAUUCCCGAUAGUCAGCGUGAAGAGCUACGGUUCAAGACUGAGGCUGAUUUCAACAAAUAUCUGACUGAUCCUUUUUGGGAGGAAAUUCGGAUUCGCGCGGCCAAAUCGCAUGAUAUUCCUCACGAGAUUGUUUUUACUCAUGGUGACCUCAACCCAAGGAAUAUUCUCGCAGAGAACGGAAAGAUAACGGGUAUUGUCGAUUGGGAAAAUGCAGGUUGGUUUCCUGAGUAUUGGGAGUAUACUAAAGCGCAUUACACCGUCCGAAGCGUGAUCCGUUGGCUUGCUGAUGUCGUCGACGAGGUAUUUGAGGGCUAUCGCGAUGAAUUCCUGGUGGAAAAUAUGCUUUCCGAUCUUCUGGGUCCUUUUUAG